CCCUACUGGACAUACUGCUUUCUUUCGGUAAUAACUGGGUAGAUACAGCCUUACCGGCACUAAUAUGAGCUGACUAUAGCCUGCUCCAAUCAUUCCACUGUCGAGGAAAUCGUCUUAUGUUUAUCGAACUACGGAGUCACUCCUUAUACCACCACCAGAACGAGAAAAGCUCCAGCACACGACGUUUUACGAAGUCUCAAACUAUCCGAUCGAUCGAGCAGUAACACUCACCAGCGUACCGCUCGCAACCUCCUCGUGUGCCUAUCUACCUCUAAUUGAUCCACCAAUCCUCCUGCUCUCCCUCCUCAGUCCUCCACCCCCGCGCCGAACCGUUCGCCCAGAAUGUCCCUCACGACCCGCGCACGGGCGAAGCCCAAUCCAAGCUUCGCGUCGAACCGGCUAACAAGAAACGACCCCAUAUCAGGCGGACAUCUGCUCACGAGUUUCCGCACAGGCGAGGGAAGCCAAGCACCGGGGAGCGCGCGACCGGAGCCCGCAACGGACGACGAACCGCUCAGCCUCAGCGAAGACGAGAGCCAAGCCUCGGUGGAUCUGUCGGACGAUGACCUGGGCAAGCCGAGUCGCUACGCGCGCCGAGCGGGGCCUACACUACAGGAAAAGAAACUUGCGCGGCAGUCGCCAGAGGGCGGGGAGACGCCGCGGGCUUCGCGGCAGCGCGCUGGGACAAAGAAGAAGUCGCAGCUUCCCGCCCCCUCCUCCUCCGCGUCGUCGGCGGCGGCCGACCGGAAGCGGACGAGGACGCUACUUGAUAUGACGGAUGAUGGGGAGUCGACGAGCGACGGGGAAGAGGUGCUCUUUUCGUCGCAGUUUCGGUCCUCGAAUAGCUCCAAGCGGAGGAAACCGACGGUCAGCUAUGCCUCCAGGAAAUCCUUCGGCGGCAGGGUUUCUCCUCCCAGUUUGACGUCUCCCGUCUCCGCCGCCUCGUCGCAGUCUCCGGUUAGAAAAAACAGAUCGAAGAAGGCGUCGAAGGGAGGAGCGAGCAAAUCGCGCAGUAGUCCACAGGGCGCGGAGGAGUUCAAGGUGCCACGUGCUAUUAUUGACUCCAGCCCGAAACCCGAGUUCAAAGCGCCGCCCCCGUUUCCCCGCGAUACGGUCUCCAGUUCCUCAUUCGCCACAUCAUCCGCUCGGGAUAUUAUAUCUUUGGAUCUUGACGACGACAGCGAUUCUUCGCCGAGCACGCCGCUAAGCUCCGCAUCGUCAACCCUGCUGGAGGAGCUCUCUCGAUUUGACGAGGCCCUGCUCGCCUCGGGCGACGACGAUGAGAUGGAUAGCGCGACACCCUCCCUUUGCCCGUGGUGCAAAGAACCCGUCCCGCGUGAGCUCCUCAUACGAUUCGAAGCACAGCCGAAGCAACGGAUGCGCGAACAGAGACAAUUCUGCGAAUCGCACCAGCAGCCGACCGCCGAAAGGAAGUGGCAGGAGCAGGGCUAUCCGACUAUCGACUGGGACGGACUCGACGCGCGCCUCGGACCGCACGUAGAGAGCCUGGACCAAGUCCUGGAGCCGGGCAGCUCGUCAUUCUACAGGAAUAUCCUAGACACGAAGCUCAAGGCCGGCGAGGCCAAGAACUUCCGGCUGGAGAUGCUCGGCGAGGGACUGGUGAAUAUCUCGUGCGGGUACUACGGGACUCGCGGCUCCACGAAGAUGCUCGAACAUAUCACGGCACGAUACGCUCGCAAGCUGCGCCGUCUAGCGCCCCAGGACCAUAUCAUCCACACCGCCGGCGUGGUCGGGUAUGCGCAGGCAGUACUAGUGCCGGAGCUGGCGGUGAGACUGGUGAAGGAGGAUAUGCAGGUGGAUGACGAGCGGGCAAGACAGAUUCUACGCGACAGUAUGGAACUCGGUGAAACGGUGAAUCCUGCAUUGAAUGAUAAGAUCACGGUCGAGGAGACGACGGACGAGCCCACCAGUGUGGAAGGGACAUUGUCUGUUUGAUUUUUGUAAAAAUUGGUGGCUGGCUGGCUGGAUUGCCUUCAAAAUUCCUCCUCUUUUUUUUCUCUUGUUUCAGCCUGUUUCUUACUCCUUGCUUUGUUCUUGUUUUGCGUGUUUGUUGCACUGGCUAGGGACCUUGGUGCGGCGCUGUAUAUUCUAUUUUCGACGAUUGAUACCUAUCUGUUUAAGUGGAGAUAGUCAAGGGCUUUUUUUUUAGCGGAAUGUAUGUGAAGGGAGGUUGGUGGAAGAGUGGAUUCUUGAUGGUGUGCGAUUCCGUGAUUGUG